AAUUGAUCAGAAUCAUCAGGUAACGGGAUGAAUAAUUCCAGUCAGUCCUCCACCCUGUCCAUGUCAUCUAUUCCGCAGUCUAGCUUUACAAAUGCUUCCGUCUAUAUGUCACAAUCGUCGCUGCACGAUUCCAUCCACACCGUGACUGAUCCAAAUUCACCGGAAAUGCUAAAGCAGAACGUGCAAAUAGCGCUUGACCAUGUCGCAAGAAUUCAAUCACUAGCACGUAACUGCUUGCACGGCAUACAAAACGCAUACCAAGCAGGAAAUAGUCCUGCACAUACAACAGCCGAGCUGGCCGCACUUAUGCAGGCAAAUCGCACACUUGCUGAAUUCCUUCGACAAACUGGAGUAGGCGCAUACCCCAUGUCACCCGCCCCUGAGUCUCAGAGCGCAACAUCGAUACCUCCCACAGAGCAGCAACUGAUUGAUACUACGGCCCGCGAGGUACAAGUGCUUUAUGAGCGCCUGAAACGUAUUCAAGAGAGUAAUACCGUUGCUGUAAAUUUACUUGGGGCCGCUGAUACCGUCUCUCGUGUACGCUAAUCAACAUCGGUGUCCGUUCUACUGUGUAGUUUUGUAACAUCAGCCCAAUUGAGAUACGGUGAUGCGCAGGUUAACCGGCUUCAGGUGACACUAUGUUGGAACUGGUUUGUGUGCGCAUUACUGGUAAGUACUCUAUGUUAAUCUCUCGAGGGUGACAGCCGAUUACAUCUAGGCAGUCAAUCCUUCCACCCAGUUGUAUUGCAUUCCGUUGGCAGUCUAAUACUCGACGAUUUCCGAAGGAACCUGUC